CAUUCCAACAUGGCACUUCGUAAAGUUUCAUCCAAAAGCUGCGGGGAAAAUGAUAAGUAUUCAGUGUUAUUGCCUACGUACAAUGAGAGGGAAAAUUUGCCUCUUAUAGUGUGGCUAUUGGUGAAGUACUUCGGCGAAAGCGGAUAUGACUAUGAGAUAAUAGUCAUUGAUGACGGAAGCCCAGAUGGGACGCUGGAGGUUGCAGAGCAAUUGCAGAAGAUUUAUGGCGAAGACAAGAUCCUUCUUCGACCAAGAGCAAAGAAACUAGGCCUGGGGACUGCCUACAUCCAUGGCAUUAAGCAUGCCACUGGGAACUUUAUCAUUAUCAUGGAUGCAGAUCUCUCUCACCAUCCUAAAUUUAUUCCAGAAUUUAUUCAGAAACAGAAGGAAGGAGGCUUUGACCUGGUCUCUGGGACACGGUACAGAGGAAAUGGGGGUGUAUAUGGCUGGGAUCUGCGCCGAAAACUCAUCAGUCGAGGAGCCAACUUCCUCACCCAGGUGCUACUGAGACCUGGAGCAUCUGACCUGACUGGCAGCUUCAGGCUCUACAAAAAGGAAGUACUGGAGAAGCUGGUGGAGCAGUGUGUCUCCAAGGGCUAUGUAUUCCAGAUGGAGAUGAUAGUCAGAGCUCGGCAGCUGGGCUACAGCAUUGGAGAGGUUCCAAUCUCGUUUGUGGAUCGUGUUUAUGGAGAGUCCAAACUGGGAGGCAAUGAAAUUGUCUCAUUUUUGAAAGGUCUUCUGACUCUCUUCGCCACUACAUGAUGUGUCUGUCUCAUUUCCUGGAUAGUAUGAUGCUGCUGUAUGUCUUGGAAAAUGGUAGUUAAGGCAGGACAAUAUGGGACAAUAAGGACAAAGGAUGGAGAAGCAAGUUAAAUGUUCCCUCUGUGAAAGAGGAGCUGAUUGUGUCCAUUUGGCAUAACCACCUGUCCAUCCCAUGAUUCCAGGUUAUCACAUUGCUUUCUACACUAAUGUCCUAUUGUCCUAAGUUCUGAAGUCCCAUAUAACCCUGUACUGGGAGCCUGCACUUUUGUAGUCGUUUUUCCCCUUGGUCUUAUCGUUCAUGUGUUACACAGAGCCACAACUCACCAAGGGUGGACAGUGUUUCUACAAAUUUUCUGUUUUGUACAAGUUGUAUGUGUGUCCAGAGAUAAGAAAUCCAGUGGCAGUAGACAAUAACUGUGAUUUCAUGUAGGUGCAAAAUAAUGACGCUUGCAAUAUUGUACUCAAUUAGUACUCAAAUGCUGAACAUUCAAAAUUAAUAAAUGUGGUCAUUCAUGAAGGAUUUAAGGAAAUGCAUGCUACUGAACUGGAUUGUGUUGUGGAUUGUGGUCGGUCUGCGAGGCUUCAUGAACCACUUAAUGGGUGGAGCAGGUACAUGCUGCCAGUCAACUAACAGAUUUUAACUAGUUCAAACCCUUUGCCCUGAGAAGCACAGCAUUUGAAGAGACUUGGAUCAAUGAGUCACUGACGGCACGUGAUCACCCUGCCCAUGAAGAGGCUCAGCAGUCCUCAGAUGCCUGUAUUCACUGUGUAGCAAGUCAGAGGACCACAGCCAUGUAAGAGGAGGACUAUAUGUACUCUUACUGAUAUUGAUAAUUCUAGAAAGACAUUAAACAUAGUCUCUAGUAACAAAUCGGUUAAUCCUCCACAAAUCAAACAGAAACUUUAAAAUGCCUAAUUCCAAAUUGUAUGGGGAUUAAUUGCUUAACAUGUCAACAGACAUGAGGAUGUUGUAAAGUUUCUGUGAGAUUUUGUGAGUACAGUCCAAUACAAAGUAAUCGAUGUGAGUACCGAGUGCUUAAAAUAAUAACAAUAGAUUAAUGCAUAUUGUCAAUCCAUGAGUAUUUAAGUCAGUGUCUCCGUCUCAUUUCCAUGACUUCACAGCAAGUCUCAUAUUGCCUGCUUCUUUGAAAUUUGCUCUUUUGUUUCAUGUGCUGCAUAUUGUAGCUACAAAUAGCUGUGUGGAAAUAGUUGUUUUCAUUGUAUGAGGGAUUUCAAAGUAAAUAAAAUAAUCGUAUUGCCCACUCAACAUUAUGCAUCAGCUAAGCUGAACUGUGAUUACCGCAAACCAGAGGACAGAAUAAAUGUUACACAUUAUUGGAUCACUGCAUUGUUUUAUUUUACAAAAUGAAAAUAGUCAUUGAUCCUGAUGUUGGAAGCUAAGCACCCUGACUCUGUAAACAUGUGUUGUAGUGGUCCUAUUCUGAUAAAGUCACUAGCUUUCGGUCCACCCACCUUUUGGUAGCUACCCCUCUUUAUGCUGGAUCUUGCAAUGGUAACUGAAACAUACAUACACCAA